AUGGUGGGCGUUCCGAGAAGCAAAGGAUGUAGGAUUUGUGUUCAGCGUCGCGUCAAGUGCGACCUGACACGGCCAAAGUGCAAGAACUGCGUCAAGGGCAAUCGCCCUUGUCCUGGCUAUGAUACCGACUUGAGGAUCCACGACGAGGGCAACAAAUUACGCAAACGUUUCGGCCAGAAGCAGCUGAACGAGACCAAGAGCGAGGCCGAUAGUUCCUCGCCGGCCACGAGUAGCCACAGUCAGUCCUCGGGCUCGUCCCCCGAAGACUCGGUGGAAUUAGUGUCUCGAUAUGGCACUCCUGAAUACGAUUCAUCAUAUCGUGCCGACGUCCUGCUUCCUCCGCGCAAUCCCCUCAUCUCAAUAGUCGAGAACCAAUACCGCCCCGACGCCGAUCUGCUCAGUCUCGGAAGUAUAGCUUCUACAGCUUCUAACUCGCCAGCGCAACUAUGUGGCGGCAGCAUCAAUUUUGAUCUCCCAUUUUCACUGGCUCUCAAUGAUUCUUUGUACUCACCCCAUCUGGCACAAGAACAACUCCUCGGCACAUUUUCCUCGGCCAUCUCUUCUACAGGAUCAGUACAGAUAUUCCCUCGACAGAUCCAAAGCCAUACACGUUGGCUCGCUCAGCUCCCCACCAUGUUCGGCAGUACCCUGCUCGAUAACACAGUGCGAGCAGUCUCUCUGAUUCAUCUGAGUCGCAUUCAUCAGCUGGCUUCCUUCGAGCAGGAAUCCCGGCGUUUUUACGGCAAGUCUCUCCGACUGCUCAACGACGCUCUUUCGGAUGAUACCCGAGGUAUGUCUACAGAGACAUUGUCUGCAACUAUCCUCUUAUCCUUCUACGAGAUGUUCGCAUCGGAUUCCAAUCAGUCUUGGGUACGGCACGCAGGCGGUGCGUCGACUUUGAUGCGCAUCCGUGGGCCGUCCAAGCAUCUCUCUGGGCUUGACCGUGAUGUGUUUUUGGCGUAUCGCCACACCAUUUACAUUGAAGCAUUCCAGCGGGACGAACCUUGCUUUCUGAGUGACCCGGAGUGGGUGGACGUGGCGAAGCAAAUCCACGAGGAUCUACGCCGCAGUGGUACGCUUCAGGAUGAACGUAUGGAGCUUUUCGAUUUGGCCGAAGAGUUCUACAUGGAGAACAUCUUCAUUCCAGCAACCUGCCAUGACGCUAUGAGAAGCUCUAAAAUGCGGCAAGUCUUGUCUCCCGACGAGUACCAACUGUAUCGGAAAUCUAUCCUCGACAGGUCUCGAAAUCACCGAUCAAAGCUCAAAUCGAUUAAUCUGCGGUUUAGGGCUGCCAUGAAAAGGAUGGGUGUGAAUACCACUAUUCUCCAGACUCCAGAUCCGGUGUUUCCUAUGCAAUAUUCCUAUGUCAAUGUUUUCAUUGGCUCAACUCAUGUUGGGUACUACACCAUCAUGAUCAUCUUGAACCUGAUCUUGAAGGAGAUGGAGUCGGCAGAGGCCCCCGAUAAAACUGGCCUCUACAUCAUGGAAAACAGGGAACUUGCCAGAGAGAUCUGUCGAACUACCUCGUUUAUGUUGACUUCGUCUUUCCUUGGACCCUUCUAUAUCAUUUUUGCCCUGCGUCUGUCUCUGACGGUCCUCGAACCAGGAGUUGAACGAGAUUGGGUCCUGAGAAAGUUGCACCAGAUUGGAAACACGCACAUGAAAAUGGCCGCCGACAUACCGCCGCUGGAACCCGAUAGGAGAGUGGAGGAGUUGACGCGGAUUGAUCCCAGUGAGUUCGACAUCAACUGGAAUGACGUCGAAAUCAACCUGGAGGACUGUCAUCUCGAUGAUGUUUAG